AUGUCAACUCUUCAACUAUUUCUUCUGAUUUUUCUGAUUCUCCAAGACUAUGAAUCCUCGACGUCUUCUGAAUCCCCCACGUCUUCAACCCAGAAUCCCAAAUGUCUCAUCGAGUGCCCGACCGGGUAUCUCAUCGGAAAAACCUCCUGUUUCCAGCUCCUCCCCCCUACCCCAUCCCUCAACUCCUAUCAAUCCGCCCUAUCCACCUGUAUGUCUGUCCCCCGACAGACCCUGGCGUCCCUCGAAAAAUUCCGUGAAGACGUGGCUCUAAUCCAGUCAAGUGCCUCGGAGAAGAACGUCAAUUGGAUAUAUUCCAAUGGAAUCGGGUCUCGAAAGGAAAGAUUCGAGAAGAGGGCCGAUGUUUACAGUAUUUGGGAUCAGGGACUCGUGAGCGCCCCGAUUGUGACGACUGUUGGGAUAUCGGAGAAGUUUAUGAACAUUUCCACGUUGUGCAUCUUGCCAAAAUUCUGCCAAUCGCCCAUCUGUGACGUGGAGCAAUUUUUGCUAACCUACGACUACAAUCUCCGUUUCUCCUCUUCAUCCACUAAAUCCCUCUCCCCUCGACAAUCCGCUUUUCUCACAUGUAUUCCGAAGAAACAGGAAUUCGAAAUAACGUGUGGAACCCUCGGAAACAUCUAUCCGGAGCCAUCGAUGAUCGAUUGUACCCAGACAAGUUUCGAGGAGACUCUAGGCGACGUUCUUCUGCAAGGAGGCGGAAUUGUGUCCAGUUGCUCUCAGGGAUUCCCACGAGGUGUCCAGUCCUGUGAGCCCGUGAACACGCCUGACGGAGAGCGAUUCCAGUUGACAUGCAAACCGAGGUGGACAAUGUCCACUUGUUGGUACACCCCUGACACCUGUACUCCCAACUACUGUGGAGAACAUGGGCGGUGUGUGAGUGUGGUGGGGGAGAGUCGAUGUGAGUGUCUUCACGGAUGGUCUGGAGAUAAUUGUCAAUGGAAUCUGCGAGAGAAGUUUUCAAAAGUCUGGACGUUUCCUGUGUUCACUGGAGUUAUCCUGGCGUUGGGCGGGUUCGUCGUACGGUUUGUGAAACGGGCGGUCGCGAUUGAGAGGAUGGAAAUGGAGAAUGAUGAAGAUGAUCCGCAAAGCACGCAUCAAACGCUCCGUUCCUACUGUAUGUUCGUCGCCGGCAUCCUCGUUCUCUUCUCCUCGAAUCCCAGCCUGACCAACAUCAAUCCAACCGCAUGUCGCUUCAAUUUCAUCGCUGUUCACUUCUCUUUUGUAUACGCAAUGGUACAAUGGUUGCUGGAGGCGUGGAACGUGAAUCAAGUGUUGAGAUGUGUGCAUUUGAAUGAGUGGGAGAGGGAUUGGAAUGGCUUAAGGAGUUGGGGAGUCCGGAUUGCGCCGAGAAUGGGCGUGUCGGUUGUGAUGGUCUCUGUGGCGCUUCUCGUCACUUUUCACGCCGGAUGGAACCAGUUGGCUCAGCCGUGGACGUGUGUUGGCGUCAUUCGGGAGGAGACGAUGACCGUUUGGAUUCCGAUUUUCUCGAUUGUCAUCUGCAUCUUUUUGUUGGCUGGAGCGGUGUGUGAGUCGAGUUUGUUGAUCAAGUUCCGCCGCCCUCUUCUCGGCUACCGACUCGAUCUGAGAAUCGAGCGUGACUUGGGACACGUCGAAGGACGACGUGUCGAGAAAUGCCGUCGGAAUGAGAUUCUCUGUAUGACUGGAUUGACACUUUUAAUCGUUUUAUGGUUAUUGACAAUCUACUCGGCGGAUUAUAAGGACGAUGUGGUGAUUGGGAGCUUAACCGUACUGAUGUCUUUAAUCUACUCGCUCUUCUCAUUCUACCAAGAAGUGGAAACAUGUCCAGAGGAUCGUGCCAUGUGGAUAACCAUUCUUCAACGCUACCUUCCCACUCGAUUCGCUCCUUCCUACAACCCGGAAUCGAUGUGGACGACUGAAGAAGUUCGAGAGAUGUACUCAAUGCCGAAAGCACUACGAGAUCAAAAGUAUCGAGAUUAUGUCUCAAAAAAUCAAUAUCUUCAUCUUCAUCAUCGAUGGGAUCUCGAGUUGAAUAAGGUGUUGGCUGCUGACAAUCAGAUGACCAUUGAUGAGGCGUUGGUUAGAGUUUUUUGUGAGGAGAUGAAUCGGUUAAUGGAGAAUAAUGGGACGAUAAGACAAAGGAUUUAUGUGCAAGACGCCUACAAAGACUUUCUCAACUCCAUUCCCGACAUCGAUCCGCGUACCGAAAAGGGGCGUGUCCAAGCCCGUCUCGAAUUGGUCACCCUUGCAGCCGACGCUCCGAUCGGCGUGAAACUCGCCAAAUUUUUCAUCGUUCCCGGCUUCGACAUUUUCGAACCGGAUACUUCAGAAGACGUCGACGGUGGGAAUCUGAAUCCAGAUGAACGACAACAUCGACGUCUUCUAAACGAGAGAAUCCGGAUGGAAGAAUAUCGAAUUAUGAGGGAGGAGGCACACGCGCAAGCCGUUUUUAUCAAUUCUAGUAUUCACUUUCGGUAUUUUGGAAAUGAAAUUGUUCGUUAG